UCCCACAAACCCCCUCCCCUCGCUGCGCCAACCCAACCACUCCGCCUCCUCCCAGGGCGAGAGGCUUCGAGAAGCUAGGGUUUCCCGCACCGAUCGAUGGCCGUCGCCGACGCGGUGCUGCCCUCGCCGCCGCCGCCGCCCCCGCCGGCGCGGACCGUCGUCGUGCGCUUCGCCCUUGCCCCGAUGCUGGCUCUCGGGCGCGUCCUCCGCGUCGCGGCCGGAGCGCUCCCCUACCUGGGCUUGGCCGCUGUGUGGUUUACCUCCGCAGCCUCGGCUGCGAAGGUCGUGGCGCGGCGCGCCUGGGGCGAGGACUCCGCCUCCUUCCUCUUCCUCCAGACGCUCACGUACGGGGCUUUCACGGUGUUGGCCUGCGUCUUUCUUGUCUUGCUCGCGCUUGGCGUCCUGCUGCUGUGCCGCAUGUGCGUGGCCUACGUGAUUGCAGCUGUACGUGGAUCCCGCCGCGAAUUCAAAGAGCGCGCCGUGGGAGCAAUCAAGCCGGACUCAGCUGCAGACUCGUUUAGUCUACCCCGCACCGCGGUGCUUGGAUUCAUGGCAGAUGUUCCUUUCAUGCUGCUAGUGGUCGCUGGUCUUCUGUUAGCAGCGAUGUCGCAUGUCGAGGGAUCAGUAUCUCAGGGAGAAAUGGUUGGAUUAGUAAUCGUGGAUGUGGGGAUAUUUGCUAUGAACGCGAUAUCUUGCUCUGUUAUCGUUCCAGCUCUUGCACUUAGUUUCUGGAAGGAGGACCAGGCGGACAGGAAAGCACCAUCGCAGUUUUGUUGAGACGAAGCUAAGAAGAGAAGGUGUCCCGACAAUUUUGCAAGGAGCUACAGUACCCAUUCUGCUGAUGGUUGUGAGUGAUCCCAACGCAUGCAAGUUUUCAGAGGAAAAAGAAAGUUUCUGCAGACUUUCUUCUUUUUACCGUUGUACUAUUAGUAGAUCCUACUCGUCAUUAGCCCUGAAAACUUUUGUAGACUUGCUUCUUUCUGCUAUCACUAUAUCCUAUCGUCAAUAGCCAUGAAGUUUGUUGGGUCAUUAUGGGUCCGGUCAUGAUAUUCGAUACUCCUCCACGCUCCUCGCUUACAAGUUUACACUAGAGCAUCGGUGUAUAUGAUAGUAGAAUUUGUUCAUGCUCUCUUUGUAAUGCUACCCUGUUGGAAGAAAAUUCUUCGAUGAGACAUUAAUCUGGU